AUGGACAUUGCUCGGGCUGGAGUAGAGCCGAUCGUGGUCAAAUUCUAUCGGCAGUACAUGCAGCAGAUCAAUGAUGUGACUUAUCCUCCUGGCACGCUCCUGGUCAACCCGGAUGUGCAGGACUGCUUGUAUCGGUACUUCUUCGAUGCUAGCCAGAACAAAUACUUGCCUCCCCCGUGGUAUCAGGUCCGGAUACUGCGGCGUCUGAUUGAAGAGAUUGAAAACUCUUGCAAGGAUCCUGAAGAAGAUCAAGUCUCGGAUCAUCUGAUGGAGCACAUGGGCUACCUGUCCAGUCUUCCUCACGGGGACCAGACAGACGAGGCACAGCAAUCGCGUGUCCACUCAUACUAUCCUCCUCUUUCCCUUGACGCCCGAGGAGUACGACCAAUCCUCAUCAAUGAAGCGAGCAAUCUCCUUUCGAGAGGCAGCAAUGUUGGGCUUCGUACGUGGGAGGCUGCACUGCACCUAGCGUGGUAUCUCUUUACUCAGCGGCCAGACAUCGUAAGCAACAAGCACGUCCUCGAACUAGGCGCUGGAACUGGAUUUCUUUCUUUGCUAUGCGCAAUCCACCUCCAGGCGUUGUCUGUGCUGGCCACCGAUGGCUUGGGGCUCGUCUGUGAGAAACUGGAGAACAAUGUCCUGCUGAAUAAGGAGAACGGAACGCUUGACGGGUGCACAUCACCAGAAGUUCUCCAAUUGGACUGGACGGAUCAGCCAGCAAUUGCUGAGUUACUGAGUAAAGCUGAGAAGUCAGCCACGCGCUAUGAUCUCGUCAUUGGCGCCGACGUUACCUACCACCCCGACAUCCUACGUCCACUGGCCGAGCUGCUGAGCAUCCUCAAAGCCCGCUUCCCGGACGUCGUCAUCCUCAUUUCUGCCGCCAUUCGAAGCGACACGUUCUCACAGUUCGCGGCCAUCUGUCGAGACGAUCUCAAGUUUACAGUGCGCGAAGUACCAUGUAAGAUUCCGGAUGGGUUGCGGUACUGUGGGUUUUUCCACUCGGUCGCCACCGAGAUCAAAAUCGUCUCACUCGAGCGAUGA